UUUUUGUGCUUUGAUAGUCUUUAAUACCACAAAGACCACCAGCGAAGCUACAAGAACGAUUCAUUUGCAAAGUCCCCUGAAUUUGUUUCCAACUAAAUACUACGAUUAAAAGCUGGGAUCUUUGAGAGCUUAACGCUCGACUGUCGUUUAUAAGCGGUGAUAAGAGUCUUUGCAUUGUUAUCACUUUACAGUUAUGCAGAAAUUAAUACCAAAUUUAUUUAUAUGCGCACUUAACUGAGUAUACUUGCAACCUCUAAUUCCACUAGUUGACCAGCACUGCAUUUUCAAGCGCGUGCGAUGGCAUUCGAUUUUCAUUAACAAUUUUGUUAGCAAAGUAAACAAUUCAAAAUGAAAUUAGCUAUCUUCGCACUUGUACUAGCAUUGUGCCUCGCAGUCAAUGCGGCCAGUGUGGACUACUCUAUCGAAGAUGAGGAGGUUAUCGAGUUGUCUCCUUCGGAGUUAGCCGAUCAGAUUAGCAAUGCAUUCUUUUACGGUGUGUUUGGACGCUUGAAGCCGACUAUUAAAGCCGGCCUUCGCACUCUAAAGGGUGUACAUUGCACCAUCGAGAGGGUCAUAAGCAUACAUGCGGCUGGCAUUAAUUUCUUGAAUGCAUUUAAGGAUUGCAAUAGCGCUGCCUUUAAAGACUUGAAUGCGCUCCUAAAUCAAGUCCAAACUGUGGUUUACACAUGCAAUGAUAUUGUAAACUUGAAUGAGAAUGUCUGCAAUAAUAGUGACUACAAUGAUGAGGCUGAUGGUCAAAAGAAGACAUCAAAGACUUGCUUUGGCAAAUUGGUGAGCAAGAUGGUAACCCUGAAGAAGCAGAUCGGCAAAACCGUUACCCUAUCCAAGAAGUUGUCCUCUACCCCUGGUGCUUAUGGCGCAUGCAAUAUGGAAGCUGUCGAUGAUUUGCUCUCCGUUUUUACUGAAUUCCCCACCUUCGUUAAGGAGUGCUCGAAAUUGACCAGUUAAAUAUGUAAUAAAUUUUGAUUUCACGAAAUAAAUCUUUAAAUAUCGAAA